CUAAAAAUGGCAACAACAAACAGUUAGAAAUCAUCAUUGGCGCUGUGAGAUAGAAUAAUUGGAGCACCAGUGAGUAGUUGUGAUUGUGUCCGGAAAAGUGUCUGACGAGAGAGUGUCGCACUGUCGAUCUAUCUGCCUGCUUGCCAGUGGGCCGCGUGCUAGUGGCGAGUGAAGUGUCGAGAUUGUCGUCAACGGGGGUAGUGUCCGGAGUUCAGAGGUGUCUCUAUGUGAGCAGCGCGGCAUGCCCCUAGGGAUGCCCGAACCCGCCGAGAUUUCACAGGCUACGGCUAACAGCCCAUCGCCAGCGCAAGCCACGGGCAAUGCCUCCCUCAACGCGAGCCAGGGCGAUGCGAGCAGCGAAGAGAAGAUCUGCUACGUGGUUCAAUCGGGUGAGACAAUGAAUGCCAUCGCGGCCAAGUUCGACCUUACGCCCUCAGAGCUUGCGCGACUCAAUCGCAUUCCUACGAACAGCAUGCUCUUCCCAGGAAGAAAGCUUUCUAUACCUGUUAAAAAACGCAAAGCGCAUGAUAGCACUUCAUGCGCAACGGGUGCUCCAGCAUCACCUAGCCGUGGUGUAUCUAUAUUUCCUGAUACCCCUGAUGUAAAGUCAACAGCAGGAUCAGAUUUCGCUACGGAAGCCGUAGUUGAAGGGUCUGAUCAGCUGCAGCAGCAGCACUCAGUUUCGGUGGACGCCACCCAGGUGCUAAGUGGCCAGGGUUCAGCGGCGCAACCAAAUAACAUGAGCAACGACAUUCUAUCAAAUCUUAUGAUGCCUCCACGAUUAGACGGCAGCGGCGGCGGCGGGGCCGGCGGCGGCGUCGGAUUAGCGGUCGCGUCAUCUGGGGGUGCUGGCGGUAGUAGUGGUAAAAGCGGCUCUGUUGGGCCAACGACUACUGGUGGCGCGGUAGCAAUACGCGCCCGUCCAUCGCACGUGCUGAAAAUCAACGCGCGUCACAUAACUGACGGUCAGGGCGUUGUGACAGGAACGCUACUCAUCACGCCAAACAAUAUCAUGUUCAGUCCGAAUGUGUCGGAUUUAAUCGUGAUCGAGCAUGGCAUUGAACAUUACGAAGUGACUGCUCCGAUUGACAUGAUUGCGGGCGCUGCUCUAUACACUGAUAUUGCGAUCAUGCGAACGAAGCAUCAUCAACAGCAGCCAUAUAAACAGCAACAACAGGGAGUUGUUUGUAAUAUUCCAGUGCAAGUGUAUUAUUUGGAAAACGAGCCAAAACCUUCAACACCACCAAGCAGCCCAAACAGAUUGGCUGCUGAAUGCACGAAACGCGAUGAAAGAUCAUCCGAUUCUGGCUCGGAACCUGUAUCGCCUCGACCUACGAAAACGCCACCAUCAAGUCCGAUUGUUGGCGGACGUCGCUCAGAAGGCGAUCGAGCAGAGACAAUACUGACUGAUUCUGUGCGAGACAUUGAGGAACCGGAAGUUUUUGCCGCUCUUGAGAAGUUGUUACCGAAGCCAGCCCAGCCUCAAGACAAUGGCAUGUUGUAUCUCUGUCUCCGAAUGGGGAAGCCCCUCAACAAAGUAGUCAAGAUGUCAGCCGUCGCGGUCGGCCGCCGAAAGCUCAAAUGCGAAUACUGGUUUGGCAUUCCACGGAAUCAGAUCGAUGAAGUGUACAAAUUCUUCCAGCGCAACUAUCCGGAAAAGUAUGGGGAUGUCAUUGAGCUCGACCUGAAGGAGCGAGGUUUCGAAGAUAUUGAGUCCGAUGAUGAAUCGGACGAUCCAGAUGGAUCCGGAGGAAAUCGACAAGGUUAUCAGGGUAAAGAUGAUGGCACACAGGGCGACGACUCGAAGGCGCCUGACACGCCGAAAAGCGCCGUUGAUGGCGCACUCACCGGAGUUCUCAAUCGGGUUGGUUCAUUUAAGAAUCCAUUUAAAUUACCCCGAUUUUUUGAAGGUCCUAACACGCCGCACACGUCAUUUUCCUCCUGUGAGUGGGAAGUCAUUGCACUUAAAGACGAUUCCAAUCAAACACCGUCCAACACGUGUUCAAAGCUGCUCAACCCACUCACACCUGACGAGGUUCUGCUGCCCGAGAUGGUUGGAGAAUCCGAGAUUCUUGAAGAGGAGCACCGUAAGAUGUUGUACAAAGAAAUUCCGGCUCGCGCUGAAGGCUAUGCCUGGAGGCUGGUAUAUUCAACUACGCGGCACGGGUUUAGCCUAAAGACUUUCUACCGGGAAAUGGCACGUCAUGAUGGACCCGUCUUACUGGCUAUUACCGACACCGAAGGCGCCUUGUUCGGUGCCUUUGUACCACAGAGUAUUCAUCCUAGCGAUCAUUUCUAUGGGACGGGCGAAAUGUUUCUUUGGUCGUUCCAGCCUGAGUUUACUAAGUACGCGUGGUCCGGCGACAACCAGUAUUUUAUUAAGGGGAACCAGGACUCACUAGUGUUUGGUUCUGGCGACGGUGAGUUCGGUCUGUACCUUGAUGGAGAUCUUUACUAUGGCCGUUCAGCACCGUGCAAAACCUUCAGCAAUGAAGUGCUCUCAAAAACCAACGAUUUCGUCAUCAAGUCACUUGAAGCGUGGGGAUUCUUCUAGAGCAUCGUCAGCAGCGGAAACUCUUCAAAAAGCCAAGCAAGCCCUUAUGGAUAAUGGUUUCCGCUAUUCUGAUAACGCGAGCACCGCAAUGUCGGGACUGAGAGAUGAGCUGCUGGUGUUGCAUGGCAAUUUCGGGCGUGAUAACUACUUUACUAAGAUUUACGCGUCGGCCAGGACAUACUGUGGGUACGUUAGCCUCCGGCUCGUGAUGUGACAAAAAAUAAAACGAGGAAAGACACCGUUUACUGCACGGCGCAGUGUUGCAGUAGUUGUUAAGGUGCAGCAGCAGCUCCACAAUCACACCGUACUUCAGCCGUUAUUACUUGAUACUAACGAUAACUAUUAUUAUUUAUAUUAUUCGUGUAAAACUAUUAUUAUUAUAUAACUAUAAAAUGACUGAUACCUAUGCGCGUAUUUGAAUUUCGUUGAUGUUUAGAAUACGAUGUGGUGAUGUUGAUGGUAUGGAUACGGGAAAGGAGGCCGAAGGUGGCGUCACAUGGUCACUCACACACUUCGAUAAAAGGAGAAAUAACACCCCAUUUCAGUCACUUAAAAACGAUUCCAACAACACAGUAAUAGUUGUCUUUAACAACAACGAACAACGCUAAGAGCAACAAUAUCAACCAGCACAAAAGAUAACAAGUAUUCUGAAGUAAACAAGUAUUUGAUCCUUUAAUGUGAUGCAGGGUGAGAAGUACUUGAUGGUUUGCAGUUGAAGGCUACGUACUGCAAUUUCAGGAUGGAUGAUGUAUUUAUUACACAUCAUGGCGCAUAGGGAACAGAGACCGCAUUGUCGUAUAAGCAAAAGUAGGCAAUCAAAAAUGAUAAAGUUUUAUCAAGUCUUGAUAUUUGAGGACGAUCAAUGUACAAUCAAACGGUAUUAUCAACGCCGAAUAGCUGUUUAUUGUUCAGUCUGAUUGUCGGACUCGUCGGUACAAAACCACUAUGCGCCAUUCUAUCAAAAAGGAUACUUUUGUGAUGGAGUGGUCCUUCUUUGAACAUAAUCAUUUGUGGUAAGCCGCAGACGGAGCAGACAAAGCUUGUUGCGAACAACGAACUUCGUAAACAGCAGCACUCGAUGGGUCCUGUUAUUUAUUACGACGUUCAAUAGUAGACGGUCCUAAUAUUGAAGCAACAACAGUUGACAAUGCUUUGCUCAUUCACCACAAACGAAUGAACAGUCCGUAUAGGACUGAACGAGGAUCAAUUAGGACUCAUAACAAAACUGGAGCUAUUGACUCUCAAUGACUAACUGUACGGCGAGGGAUGACGCGUCUCACUUUCAGAAAAAAAAAAACAGUACGGAACAAUAUCAGCCGGUACGUGUUCUGCGGCAGCGACAAGCAAUCGCGUGAAUAAAGCAGCUCUUCAUGUUGUAACUUUGCGCAUAGACACACAAACAAACAUGAUAAUAAAUAUGCAUACUGGAAAGAUAUCGUAUUAGCAAAGGUUGUCAGUACCGGGCGGCAGAAGAUAUAUAGCUAAACGAAUACAUAAUUAACAAUAGCAACGGCAGGCGUUGACGAUAUUGGAAACAAAUGGUGAUGGACGGUAAACAGUUAACGGAACACCGAUGGAGAGAAUGGCUGGUCACCAACAAUGACCAUCAAGUGUUAGACAUAAAGGGGGAAAACAGGCGAGAAAUGCACACAAACAAACAGCGCCCCAUUUCAUGGCUUAACAAAAAAAUAACAGCCCGUUAACCGAGUAAACAGAACCGGAAGCGCCAGUAGCAUAUAUAACCUGUAAUAGCAACAAAAACAACCACAACAGUAUCAUCAGCAGUACGUAACACGGACAUAACGGACACACUGGCGACGCAAAUGUUUCGCAGUUGACCGCCAUCACACCUCUGUACUGAUCACCAGUUGGCAAUUAAUAUUGCACUGGACGUUCGUAGUCUAAAUACACACGCUGUAUACACACACACAUACACACGUACACACACAUACACACACGCAUAUAUACGCAUAUAUAUAGAGGGCGAGAACGUGAGUUAACGAGAGAGCGAGCAAGCGACAAAUAAAUAAAUAUAUAUAUAUAUAUAUAUAUAUACAUACAUACAGAGCGAGAGAGAGAGAGAGAGAGAGAAAGAGAGAGAGAGAGAGACAGAGAGAGAGAAUCCAUUAUGAUGGAAAGAGGUGUAAGUUAUUGCACCGCUGGUAGAAAGAAGUAUAUAUAGAAUUCAAUAUAUUUAAAAAAACUAUAUGACAUAUUUUGUAUUUGUGCUAAACUAACGAUAACAGCAACACCGGCACCAUCAACAUGUCGUACAACGAGGUCGGCAAGAAGGGUUCUGCCGAAAUGAACGAUGAGUGGGCGACAAAGGGACGCAUUGCAACCGCAAAUGGUGAUGGUAGCUUGGUUGAAAGGCGGAAUCCACAAAACGUAGUGAUGCACUCUGUCAUCUCCCUCCGACGAAAGUCGACGAUCCUAUUGCUAUGGUGAAAGUGCCAAUCGGUGAACGGACGAUCGACCGAUUUCUAGAGGUUAGUUGGGUAAAAUUAAGGACGCCGUAAGGUGCGGAGCGGAAAUGCACUCUUCUAGAGACCUGAGGACGCAGAGAAGCAAUGUUGCCGUCGUUAUCAGCGAUGUUGGACCGAAAAGCGCAAUUAGACAAGAUCUGAAAAAAGAUCCCGACGAUUAUAGUCGCGCAACAAACGGUGAAGGCCACUUAUCGCCUUCGAAACAGCGAACAUGUUAAGACGAGAGGCCAAUAAGGAUCUGCGAAUGCACAUUCAAUGCAUUUAGCACCAGAUUGAUUUUCCAAAGCAAGCUUUCAUACAACUUCUCAAAGGGUUGUUUUUGAAGCAAUGCAUUUUAUUGGUUGCUUUUAAGUUAAUGUGUUUGUCACGCGCGUAAAAGGAAAACUACGCAAGAAGAUUAGAAGGGCGACGUUUUGCAAGUAAACUUCUGCGUACUCAGAGGCUUCAGAUUAGAAUUGAACGAAAAGCUAUGAAGCCAAUUGCGUAGUGGGUAGCUAGUCAGAGAAGUAGAAGGAACGCGCCGACAUUGCGGGGACGACAGAGCAAACUAAGUAACCAGCACAGUCCAGUAGCGACAAUAAAUUUUAUGUAAAUAUAUUAAGAAAAACACAUUGUUGCAAAAGGUGUUUUUCCGAUUUCAGCCUAUGCUGGGCAUAUAAUACCUUUCAGCCCCAGUUAAUCGCUAGUCGCUAGCAGUCGGUUCCUGUCGUCAUAACAUUUUUGGUGGCAUCUCGAGAGGGUACGAAGGCGAGAGAAUAAACGACCUAUCUUGCCGCUUGUUGGUAGAUUCAUGGAAAGGCGAGAACCCCUGAUUUUGACCGUAGCCGGCCAUCCAAAUAGUUGGAAGGACUUGCGUAUCCGGUGACGGGCCAGUAGUGCCCACAGCAGGAAGUUACGUGGCGGAGCGGUAGCACCUACGCAGCCGCGUUAUUGUAGGGUACAAUUUAGAGAAAAUGCCCGCGGCGGAUAAUUAGAAUGUUUUUGAGCAGGAACUGAGAUAAGACUUCCCUUAAACAAAUCCUUCGAACGUAUGGCUACAAAAGGAUGCGUUUCUUGCCAACAUCAAACGGGCUCUGAUAACCAAGAGGGAGCUCGGUCACAGUAGAAUCAAAAAAACAGCACAUUAUACUUAACAGAGAUCAUAGGGUACGAUGUUUCUUGAUCUUAGUCGUAAUACAGCUCCAGUUAGUUUAUAAAGUCAGUUUGAAUUGAAUACAGAACUUUUCUUUUGCUGUCACACGUUCGAAGAACUGGGUGGAGCGAGCAAGUCAGAAUGGUCGACCAAUGCGUGUUGCGCUGAACUGUCAAAACCGGUAGCGGCAGCAGUUGGUUAGGACAAAACAACUUCUUGCGCUGGUGAAGUUGUCCACUCGUCUCCCAAGAAUACGUUUAUAAGUAACCGACCAGCUGGAAGAUUGGAAAAACCAACCGGCCGAAACCGGAUAUACAUUUAUUGUAACAAUAUCUAUCCAUACAUGUAUCAGUAUAGUUUUUGGCUUAUCUAAAGUUGGUCAUUAAAUGCUGUUGGCAAACAACCUAGCCAUGGUAAACGAUCGAAACAUAGAAAACCCUGCUAAAAAAAGCUUCUUAACAUCAAAAACAUUGAAAGGACAUUAGGUGAAUAAUGGCUAUCGACCCACGAAAUUUUUCGGAUGAACUGCGAUAUACUGUCCUACUCAACCCUCUAUCUAACUAUAAAAUUGCAUUAGAUACUAUCGAACAGAUCGGGUCAUCCGAGUUCAAGAUAGUCGCAAGAAAUCAUUCGUCUGGCUGAUACGACCCGAAUAGUGUUCUAAGCGUACAGAGAGGGAUGCCAUUCGAAGGGAAAACCAUCAACUGGCCAUAUGCCGAAACCGUGGAGGCAUUAAAUCAAGUUCAAGUUUAGUGGAGGAGAGAAAAUUUCAAAAUGCUACUGUACAAAAUAAAGUUAUUUUUCCAUUUCCAGACAGGCCCGGUGUUUCGUUGUUGUUGUUGUUGUUGUUGUUGUUGUUGUUCUCUUCCUCCAGGCGCUGUUGCCCUAGUUGGUGUUAUGAGACGACUGAAGAGGGUAUAGCUACGUUGCUGGACUGCUAUCGUUAAGUUGACAGGAUAGACGCCCUGGCUCACUGCACCAAUUAACUACAUCUUCGUGUACCCUUAGCUCACUGUAAUAAUGUCAGCUAGAGCCAGUGCUCACAAAUCGUAGAAAAAAGAACGUUCAAGAUAAAUAGCGUUCAUACUGGUGCACGUACGUUCUAUGACAGAUCGUGACAAAAAUCAUAGAAAUAAACUACCCGGAAUAUAAUUAAUAUUUUUUUAAAAUUAGCAACGUCUUGUGAAGUACCAUGAAAUAAGUAAGCACUGAGAAUGCAACAAAAUUUUUUCCUAUUAUUUCGAGCAAUUUCCCAGUCGCCACGUGCUGUACGAUCAGCUUGAAGACUAUUCAUAAAAAGCAAUGCAGUCUCCUCAGAAAAACAGGGUACAGACACAUUCAAACUAGCCCGCCAUUCUUUUAACCAUGACAAUGAACUAUUUGGCCUUCCAUGCAAGGAUCACGCUGUGCUGCCUGGAGAAAGUACUCGAACAGUAUGAGUAACACCUGAGCAAGUCAUUACCGUAGGAUAAGAAGCAGAUAGUUUGUGCGUGUUGUAGGAAGCCGCAGCUAUAUUCUUAUUGCUACAUCAUCAUUGUGCUAGCGAAAGUUAUAUAGUACUAAGAGCAAUAAUACAAGCACCUGUAGUGAUAACCAGUUCGUGCUCAUGGGGGUUUUUAGAUGAAUAACUAUUUCCGAAAAGAAUGGCAUCCCCAUCAGUUUGCAGCUGAAAGGAGUUGUUUAGACACAACAAAUUCGCGCACACUGACGUAUAGUGGCCGUCUUUGCUUUUCUAAUUUUUCAUUUGUUGUUUCUCUAUGUUUGCUAAUGCGCUUCUAUACCUUAUACUCUGUAAGGCUAUUGUCAACAUUUCGUCUGGGUCACGAAGUUUUGUUUACAUCACUUCUACUACUUGAUUGAUAAGUAUAUCAAAGAGCAAAAUACUCCACCCUUUUUAAAUGUCAAAAAGCUAUGAAAGCAGCUAGAGAUAUUUGCUUUUACGUACGCCGAGGUAAUUUUUAAAUAGUACUGUCAGCUGCAAAAUUUUCGGUGUACACGUGAGAACUCGGUUUAAGCUAAAAAAAAAAAGGGUAUCGAAAAAAAUGUGUUUUUCACUACAGAUAUGCCUAUUUUUGUAAUUUAAGGCAAGGGUAAAUUUUUUAUGGUCAAGGGACUCGUGACAAUGGUCUUUUAGUAGUUAAGUAAACGUUUUUUUUUUUUAAUAGGAUCCCCUUGUUAAUGAGAUUAAGUAGAAUGGAGGUUGUUAGAAAAUAUUCUAUUUAGACUAAUAUUUGUUCAAAUGUUGAGGGAAGGUCGAUCUGAUGUCUAGUUUUUGUUAGACAUUGUUAUUCUGUCAUUCAUGUAUUAAGAAUACUGCUUACAGACACACACACACACACAAACACUAAAAAAAACUCGUUAACGUUUUCGUUAUCAUUUAUUUAUUUAUUUUCUGGUCAAUUCCCAACCCUAUUUGAAAUCAAUUUUUAAAGGGGACUGUAUAUAGAGCAUAAGAAUAAUUUUAGGUAGGCGACCUCUAAACAAUCUUUUUAACGAUUAAUUAUCAUCAAUAGAGCAAAUUAAUCUUUUUUUUUUUGUUGAUUUUUCUGGCCCAGAAGGUCAGAGAUAGCUAACAUGAUCUGGGAUCGGAUAAUAAAAUGCAGGCUGUAACAUUUGGCGAAUGAACAAGAAUGGCCUAGUGUAGUAAAUAAAUAGACAGCAUGCAAUAAUCUGUUCGUUCUCAACCUCGUUCCUUGUUCAAACAACUGAACAGACAAGCAUUUUAUUAAAAGAAAAAUUGCUUUUUCUAAAUCAUGCUCUGUUCUCCACCUCCACCACCACCAACAACAACAACAACGGUACUUUCUUGCUCACAGUUGUAGCCUGUUUCCUUUCUUCUCUGUUUAAUUGCUGUGUUACUGUAGUUGUCUCUGAGAACCAGGCCUUAUAUGAUAUUUAACGGAUGAUCGAGACCUUUGCUUCGAUGACAUCGCGGCCUGUGUGUGAAUAGGCUGCCAUUCGCCAUUGAUAGGUUGCGGCUGUUGCUAGAUAUAACAAUAACAACAGUUUACUUUAUGAUAAGCCUAUCUGAAUUGUUAUCAUCAACAUCAUCGUCGACACCUUACGAUUUCUCGUAAACCGUCGUAAACCCAAGCGUUAAUGUCUGUUAAAUAGGAAGAUUAUGCACGGCAGUUGCAAAGCGUUUGAAAUUUUCUCAUAUGGCUAAGAGUAUUUUGUCAAAGCGCGUUACUAAUCAGAAUCUACAUUAAGUGAAUAUGUUUCGAAAUAAAAAUUUUACCGUAACAGCGUGCUAGUCUUAUCGCACGAUAAUACAGUGAAGAGAACAGGAACUAUCCAAUAUAAAAGACGAUGACGACGACAAUAACAAUAAUGAAAGGAAUACCGAGUAAUAACGAUGAAUAAGGGCAUAGAACUCGCAGCAUACAUAUGUAAAGGAAUCUGUGCUUAGUGUGAAUAGUCUUACCCGACUAUCUUACCCGGUUAUCUUAACCGACGACGAGCAAUGUUCUGCCACGAGAUCGCGGGUGUCUGAUUGAGAAAAGGCGGAACACAAAUAAAAGGUAACUUGACGGUGUUCGCGCACUUGUUUCACAGUAGCAGAAUCUGUGCAGUCCUGCUAACCAAUUGUGUAUAGACAUUUUUGGGCAAUUCGUAUGGGGAUUUCACAAAUAAUAGACCUCUAGACCCAGAAGGAGGCACCAUCUAGCGGCGUGAAAAUGCAUUACGAUAAGGCAUAAUUCGAUGUGGCAUUAAAAAUGGAUGGCUUUAUGACAGAAGGACGAGAAAGCCGCUAAGAGCUUUCGCAUAGGCAUAUUCACUCGAACCCGCUGAAGCAAAGGCGGUCUCUAUUGAAAAGCAGCGCUUUCAUGUAUGCACGAUGCGCUGUAGUGUCAAUGAUGUCCUAAAGUUCUUCAAAAACGGACAAAGACUGGCUUAGCAAAAUUAAUUAAUACAUUGAUGGGUACGUACACGCACGUACACGCGACACAACAACGUGCUAUGUCGGCGAACACCAAAACAGUGACCAAUAACUAUAUAAUAAAAGCAUACCGUUUCCCUUGAUUCACGUGCGCAUGCCUGCACACACACACACACAAAGACAUACAUAUAUAUAACCAUUAUAUAUAUAAAUCAAUCAGUGUGCUAAUAAAGGUCAAAACGGUAAUUGCGAGCUAUAACUACCAACGACGGCCACGGCAGAAGUCGACGCAGCUGAUGACCACAACAACGGUAAUUACAGUUACAACGGAAACGUUUAAGUUGAAGUCACUGCUAUUGUUAAGUAGGUCCACGCAACUGGAGGCCAACUGCGGCAGCUGUUAUUGUAGCUCAUACCGGCGUGGCGUCACGAUAAACAUAAACUGGCGCCUUAUAGAUGACGAUCACUUGAUUACUAGUUCUGCGCUAAGGCAAAAUCAUAAUGCCGACAAAUUAUUGUGAUGAUGAUGCUUUUGUGGCACGGAACGAAGACUUGCGAAAAAGAAGUCAGAAGGAGGAGCCGAUAAGAUGAACGGACGAAUAGCAAUGCAGAUGUGCAGCAUAAAACAUAGAAAAG